UGGAUUGGCCAUCCGACGGUGAUCCAAUGGUGAGGGAGUGAUGGUGUGUCUCUGAUGGUGAUGGGUUGGGAGCGUUUGGUGAGUGGCCCUGGUUUUGCUCGCCCUCCUGGCGUCCGAAGCACCUCUCCCUUCUUCUUGGCCUGAAUUUUUUUUGAUUCCCUCUCAACUAGCAUCUUUUUUAUUGGCUCCUAUCGGAGUAUAUUUUAGUAGUGAGACCUGGGGCUCUGGUUGCUUGAGCUAACUGAGCUGCGGCCUUGGUGAGGUGGAGGAGGAGGCAGCCACUCCCCUUCCCUUCCCUUCACCUCCAUCUCGAAGCUCGGCUCCUUGAUUAAUCCAAGAGAUGGGUGACGUGGCCAAGGACCUGACGGCCGGCACGGUGGGCGGCGCGGCGCAGCUCAUCGUCGGCCACCCGUUCGACACCAUCAAGGUGAAGCUGCAGAGCCAGCCGACGCCGCCGCCAGGCCAGCCGCCCAAGUUCGCCGGCGCCAUGGACGCCGUCAAGCAGACGCUCGCGGCCGAGGGCCCCAGGGGCCUGUACAAGGGGAUGGGGGCGCCGCUCGCCACCGUCGCCGCCUUCAACGCCCUCCUCUUCACCGUCAGGGGACAGAUGGAGGCCGUCCUGCGCUCCGAGCCCGGCGCGCCGCUCACCGUCAACCAGCAGGUCAUCGCCGGAGCCGGCGCCGGAGUCGCCGUCUCGUUCCUGGCCUGCCCCACUGAGCUCAUCAAGUGCAGGUUGCAAGCGCAGAGCGCGUUGGCGGCCGCUGCUCCUGCCGCCGCCGCUGCUCCUGUGGGUGGAGGCGCGGCCACCGCCACCGCCACGGCCACCGUCGCGGCGGUGAAGUACGGCGGGCCGAUCGACGUGGCGAAGCACGUGCUGAGGUCGGAGGGCGGCGCGGGUGGGCUGUUCAAGGGGCUCCUCCCGACGCUGGCGCGCGAGGUGCCCGGCAACGCGCUCAUGUUCGGCGUGUACGAGGCGAUCAAGCAGUACCUCGCCGGCGGGCAGGACACGUCGUCGCUGGGGAGGGGCUCCCUGGUGGUGGCCGGAGGGCUCGCCGGCGCCUCCUUCUGGGGGUCCGUCUACCCGACCGACGUGGUGAAGAGCGUGCUCCAGGUGGAUGACUACAAGAACCCCAAGUACUCGGGCUCCAUGGACGCCUUCCGGAAGAUCCUCGCCGCCGACGGGGUCAAGGGCCUCUACAAGGGCUUCGGCCCGGCCAUGGCGCGCAGUGUCCCCGCCAACGCUGCCUGCUUCUUGGCCUACGAGGUCACUCGCUCUGCACUUGGCUGAAAUCAAUGCAUCAUCCCGACCUUUUCGUUUCUUCUUCUUCUCACUCUUGCUGUCAUUGGUCUCAUCUGGACGUACAGCCUAAUUCUGUAAAAACACAAAAUCUUUACAAAAAUCUC